CGGCGACCGGGAGGUUAAGAUGCAUCUUAACGGUGUAGAGACCCGCGGUAACGACGCGUGGAGACCGGGCGGUGCGGGCUGGUGCACGUUAACGGCGGCCGGGCGGCUGAUGCGGGUUGACGGGGGUUUCCGCACGCAUGAGCUCGGCUUCAAUUUCACCUUCUGCAUCCAUCCCUUCCUCCCUCCCUCCUUCCCUCCACUCGGCGCCGCAGUCGGGGGCCAUGGGUUUCCUGGCGGAGGGAUCGCCGCUGAACUGGGAAGAGACCAAGAGGUACGCGGAUCACGUCCGCAAACACGGCAUCAUCCAGUUCCUCAACAUCUACCACAAGGUGAAGGACCGGCAGAAGGACGUACUGAAAUGGGGAGACGAGGUUGAGUAUAUGCUGUUAUCAUUUGAUCACGAGCGUCAGAAAGUUCAGGUGUUGCUACAGGGAGAAGAAAUUCUCCAUGAACUGCAAAAUCGAGGAGAAAAGGCCAAUCCUAACCACCCGACUCUUUGGAGACCUGAGUAUGCAAGCUAUAUGAUUGAAGGAACACCCGGGCAACCAUACGGAGGGACGAUGGCCGAUUUUAACACUGUGGAAGCAAACAUGAAGUUGCGGCGACAGGAGGUGCAUGCCUUGUUGAAGCCAAAUGAGACCAUUUGCACCAUCACUGCUUUCCCUCGGCUUGGGUGUCAUCAGUUCACACAACCUGUUUAUGAGCCAAAACCAAUUGAAAGUGGAGCAUCUAAAUCACUCUUUUUCCCAGAUGAAGCAAUUAACAAGCAUCCAAGAUUUAGCACUUUGACUAGGAACAUUCGUCACAGGAGGGGAGAAAAAAUAGCCAUUAAUGUACCAAUUUAUAAAGACAAAAAAGUGUCCUCUCCUUUUGUUGAGAAGUUUCUUAAUGAUGACGGCGAAGCAGCAAGAGCUACAAAACUUGACCACAUUUAUAUGGAUGCUAUGGGGUUUGGAAUGGGCAAUUGUUGCCUUCAGGUGACGUUCCAAGCUUGUAGCAUCUCAGAAGCCCGAUACCUUUAUGACCAGCUCGCCACAAUUUGCCCUAUCGUGAUGGCUUUGAGUGCUGCUUCACCAAUUUAUAGAGGUUACAUAUCGGACAUAGAUUGUCGCUGGGGUGUAAUUUCUGCUUCUGUGGAUGAUCGAACCAGAGAAGAAAGAGGUUUGGAGCCAUGCAAACACAGCAAGUACAGGAUCAAUAAAUCCAGGUACGAUUCUAUUGAUAGUUACCUCUCCAAGUGCGGGGAAAAGUACAAUGAUCUGGAAUUGACAGUCGAUGAUGAAAUCUACAUGCAGCUUCGAGAAGGAGGUAUUGAUCAUCUACUGGCACAACAUAUUGCUCAUCUUUUUAUUCGGGAUCCUUUGACGCUCUAUGCUGAAAGGAUACACCUUGAUGAUGCCAAUGAGUCUGAUCACUUUGAGAACAUACAAUCCACCAACUGGCAAACCAUGAGGUUUAAGCCACCUCCCCCAAAUUCGGAAAUUGGAUGGAGAGUUGAAUUUCGCCCGAUGGAGGUUCAAUUGACUGAUUUUGAGAAUUCUGCUUACGUGGUCUUUGUGGUGCUGCUAACUCGAGUGAUCCUUUCCUACAAAUUGGAUUUUCUUGUCCCACUCUCCAAAGUGGAUGAGAACUUGAUUGUGGCUCAAAAGCGUGACGCUGUUCGUCAAGGAAUGUUCUACUUCAAGAAAGACAUCUAUAAAGCUGGAAACCCAGUUGUCGAUGGCUGUGCUUGUGCACAAAAUGGCAUUGAUAUGGAUUCUGAGGAGUUUGCAUUAAUGAGCGUAGACACCAUCAUUAAUGGCAAGGAGGGAGUUUUUCCGGGUUUAAUCCCAAUCAUAAACAGUUACCUUGAAAACAUGGAAGUAGAUGUUGAUACACGGUGCAGCAUUUUAAACUACCUCAAGCUGAUCAGAAAGAGAGCUUCAGGAGAGCUGAUGACCGCUGCGUGUUGGCUGCGGAACUUUGUUUCCCACCAUCCCGACUACAAGCAAGACUGUGUUGUAACUGACAAAAUCAACUAUGACCUAAUUAUGAAAUGUGACCAAAUUGCAAAGGGUUUGCAUGACUGUCCAAAACUAAUUGGAGAAGUAGUCAGUAAACCAAAACACUCAGAUGGCAAGCACAGCACUGUGUAAUAUCAUGGCAUUGUAUACUUUGUUAAUCGUACAAAUUUUGCAGGGUGCAGAGACCAAGAAUGUGCGUAAACUAAUGAGCCGGGCCAACCAUGUAAAUUAAAUCUUGAUUGAUGUUUAAAUCAAUGCAGGUUUCUGCAUUACAUUUAGUGGGUAAUAUAGAAGCAAUGUGUACAUAGUUUUUUUUUAGACUAACAAUGUAUUUUAAUAACACUCUAACAUGGGUUGUUGCACAAAUUCUGCUGUAGAUACAAAUUGAGAAAUGUACUUUGUAUAUAAUUUUCUUAUCACAAAUUCCAUUGCUUUUUGUUUGAUUGUAAAUAUACUGAAUUAAGCAGUUUUAAUCAUGUAUGAACAAAUAAUGAACCUUGUAAGAUGUUUAUAUUGAAUGUUUUGUUUUGACUAAAAGAAAUCUAAC